AACUUCUUUUUCUGAAGUGUAGUCUGAUUUCUUCAUCAUGCCUGUGGCUUUAAGUGAGUGGAGAGUGCGAAUCGGAACAUUUAUCCAUAGGAUGAAAGAAUGGGUGGUCAGAGAAAUGAGAGAAGAAUUGCUGAAAGAACGUAUUCAGAGGUUAAGGGUUCUUUGGAAACGACUCAAAGCGAAGGAGGGGGAUUCUGAAGGAGGGUCGCAAAAUAAGCAGGCCAGACAAGCUGAAGUGGAUUCAUCUGAUUCUUCGUUUGUAAAUCAACAAGGCGACUGCAAUGCCGAACCAUACACUAAAAUUGGUCAAGAUUCACCACAUCCGUGCUGUGCAGGGAGUGACACCUUAUAUCAGGAACCAUCUGGUCAAACGGUAACAUCUCAGACAGACUCCGCUUCAUUAAGUACACAUGAACAUCCAACCUCGGGACUUUGCCUAUCCCGCCCCUUUCUCUCUUCCUUUCUUUCUCGUUCCUUUUAUUUUUGCUUUCCUGUUUUCCUAUUGUUUUAUUCGUUAUUGUUGCCCCUUUCUCCCGGAUUUGGUAUUCCCGUUUUUGUUUCUCUUCCCUUCCUUGUCGUCUUUCUCUUUUUACUUUCACUAUUUCUCUCCCCUUUCCUUCCCUUUUCCCGACGGGAGCGAAGUUUUGGAGAGUGCCACACCCUCGCAGCUUCCCCUGUAAGCAACGGUUCCAGCUUGAAAGAAGCGGUUGAUAAAGAGUUACCUCAACAGCAUAAUCCUAAUCUACAGGAGUCAAUGCUUGUUAGAGCGGGAGAUGUGGAACUCAACCCAGGCCCUCGUCAAGGCACGAUUGAGAGUGCCCUUCAAGAUAUGGAGCUAAUAUUACUUGCUAAAGAUAUUCCUGGUAACUACUACUCUGAAUUGUCUGUUGGCCUUGGAUUCAGUCUCACAGAGGUCCAGAAUGCCCUGACGAAACAUCUCUUAGACAUCCCAGGAGCUUUGAUCGAACUUUUCGGCCGAUGGAAAAUCAAGCAGACAGAUGGCACAGACUGUCGGGCAGUACUUGGAGAGAUUCUGAAAGAGGCUGGAAUGGGUGCGCUUCAGACAAAGCUAUUAGAAGGUGGAUAUCUUAAAUCUGAUAAGAAUGUGCCGAGCAAAGGAAACCCCCAAGCAUGUCAAGAGGCCAUGACUGAGGAACAGGUUUCGCAAUGCGCUGAAGACCUCAAGUCCUUCUAUCUUGAACAAAUGUGCAAGAUAAAACCUGAUCCGCUUGAUUUCAAUCUAAUCGUCGAAUUCGAACAACUUUACACCAAUCUAGUACUACUCAGGCAUGACAAAGGUUUAACGAGAGACACACAACCUCUGGAUUACAAGAAUCUCUUCACUACAAAAGUUGGCAAAGUGCUCCCUAAACGACUUCUGGUUGAAGGUGAAGGUGGUGUUGGUAAAACGACUUUGUGCUCUAAAAUUGCAUGGGAUUGGUCCGAAGGGUGUGAGGAGUACAAACAAUUCAACUGGGUUUUGGUUAUACCACUGCGUAAUGUUAUCAAGGGUCAGACACUUGGAGAUUGCAUGAAAAACUAUCUCAGUGAAAACAACACUGUAAGCCCAGAACAGAUUGAACAUUUCAUGAUAUCCCACCCUUCAAAGGUUUUGAUUGUACUUGAUGGAUUCGAUGAGUAUGAUGGAGACCUAUCUAACAAUGACAGAUCAGGUAUUUCUCAGGUUCUGCGAUUGAAUACAUUUAAGCAAUGCACGGUACUUGUGACAACGAGACCGUGGAAGGCACACGAGAUCAAAUGCAAUAAAGGACUUUGCGGAUCAUAUGCUUUCAUUGCAGUUAAAGGGUUCAGUGCUAAAAAUGUCUCGACCUACAUUAGCAAGUACUUCUUAAAGGAUGUAGACGCGGGUAAAGAGCUGAUUCGUUUCAUUGAAGUGAAUGAUGUGAUCAAGGAAAACAUGGCGCCCUUCCCAAUUUACGUUGCUAUGCUUUGUAUCCUGUGGGAAAAUAUAGACAUUGAGAAAAGAGAAACGAUUCGCAGACUGAAGACAUUUUCGCAAUUAUUUGAGCAAAUGGUAAUUUUCUUAAUUGACCAUUAUGUUUCAAAAUUGAAGGCCGCUGACGCUUCAGAUGAAGAAAAUGAGAGGCAACGUAUCAAGAUUUGUCUUGGUCAGAUAGGAUCAAUGGCCUUUGGUGGGCUCCUUCAACGGAAAAUGUUUUUUAAGGUAGAUGACUUUAGCUUGUGUCCUGACGCCAUGACAAUCUGUUGCAGAAUCGGGGUCUUAAGCAGGGAACAAAAAAUGGUUCCAAGGCAGAAAAGAUCUAUGAGUGCUUUACAGGCUACAAACACAAACAUUUUCUUUCCUCACAAACUCUUCCAAGAAUACAUAGCAGCUCUAUAUCUUGCUUCUCUUCAUAGCGCUGAUCGCAAGGAGUAUAAAAGGUCACUGGGCGAAGUAAUGGGAGAUAACGUCAAAGAAUUCCGCUAUCUAUUAUAUUUCACUGCUGCCCGGGUGAAACAGAUUGGUCUCGAAAUAGUUCAUAUGUUACAAGGGAGCAAUCGAAUCAAUCCCGCCCUCAAGCAGGACAUCGCCGAAUAUUCUCAGUCAAUAUUGCCAACAGGAAUAAAUUAUACUUUUCUUGUAGAUGUUACCUUUGAAGCUUAUGACGAAGAUAUAGCGAAGGUAGUUGGGCAAAGGAUAUUUACAGAGAAACGAACGCUUGAUCUCGAUAAAUACAUGUCUGCUCACACGGUGUCUGGUUACCUUUUCAUCAUGGAACAGCAUCAAAUGGAAACGCUGGAGUUAAGAAGAGACUGCGGACCGACUGUAUCUCGGGACAUAGCCGACCUGCUUUCUUCACCAACUUCUUUGACAACAUUGAAGAUUUUGAAAACGGAUCUCGAUGACGAGUUCUAUUCUGUGGCAUUAAAUGUCUCAAAGGUACUCAGAGGUAAAGCGUUCAGCAUACUUCAGGAACUCCAUAUUGACGAUCGGUUCCUUUGCGGCCUACGCAAAUUUGACACAGCCAUCAAAACCAUAUUCCCUAACCUGAAACGGCUAAGAAUUUUGACUCUUCACACUGUCUCUCCGGUGAUGGUUGAACAAUUGGCACAAGCCAGCCUAGAGGAGUUGUAUUUCGAGUGCGGACAUGAUUUGGGAGAGCGAAGCCGUCAACCAGUUCCUCUUAUUGGAGACCCUGUUUCACUAGGACAUCUUUUCUCAGAAUCAUUCCAACAACUCACCUCUCUGGUCUUAAAAGAGCUCAUGAUCGGAAACAUACGCACUAGGUCAAUACUGCAGAGUCUAAAGAAGCACCAGCAUUUGAAAACAAUUAGAAUCUUCGCUUGUUUUACGGAUAACGAACUAGAUCCCCUGGCAGAACAAAUAAAUGCAGAGAACAGGAUUAAAGUGACACUUCAACAUGACGAGGUAAAUGCUCUAUAAAACUUUAUCAAAAGGAAAAUUA